AUGACACCCCAGCAGAGGAAACGGUGCGAACAGUUCAUCAGUAUCUUCGAGAACGACUCCAUUGACAUCCAGUACUCGUAUGUCGAGGACAUAGGGGACGGGAGGGGCUAUACGUGCGGUAAGUUUGGCUUCACCACAGCUACCGGUGACGUACUGGUGGUCGUCCAGACCUUUAACAAACGAAAUCCGUUCAAUUCGUUGAAAAAAUAUUUGCCGGAAUUGGAGCGACUGGCCCGGGAGGUAAGCAAUGAUACCUCACAUCUGGACGGCUUUCCCCAGGCAUGGAAGGCCUCCUGUGCCGACCCACUGUUUAUUAAGGUUCAGGACGAGGUGUCGGCCGAAAUCCCUGCCAUGCAGCUAGCUGACUCUGUAAACCUACAAACAGCCCUGGGUCGGUGCGCCCUAUACGACUGCAUAAUUGAGCAUGGUGGUGGCGAUGAUGGCGACUCCAUGCCCUCCAUACUGAACCGGACAGUUACCCAAAAGAAAGGCGGUGUGAAAAAGUCGGAGGACGAGCAGUACUGGAUUAGGGCUUUCCUUGACAUGAGACUCGAGGACUUCGAUAACCCGAGGGAUGAGCUCAACAAACGGCACCAAAAGGGAUGGCACGAC